AUGGAUAUGAAUUUCGUUAGUCCUACUUUUCCAAAAUCGACAAAACCAAAACAACGACGUCGAGAAUUAUCAGAAGAAGAAGUUGAAGAAAUUAAAGAGGCAUUUGAACUAUUUGAUAAUGAUAAAGACAAUGAAUUAGAUUAUCAUGAAUUUAAAGUUGGUCUUCGGGCACUAGGUUUCGAUGUAUACAAAGCUGAAGCACAAAAACUUUUACGUGAUUAUGAUCGAUUAGGAAAAAAUAAAAUUAAUUAUCAAGAUUUUCAUGAAGUUGCUGCUGACAUGAUGCUUCAACGUGAUUCACGAGAGGAAAUUCUUAAAGCAUUCAAAUUAUUUGAUGAUGAUGAUACGGGUAAAAUAUCGUUGAAAAAAUUGAGACGUGUUGCAAGAGAAUUAGGAGAUAAUGUGAAUGAAGAUGAAUUAAAAGCAAUGAUAGAUGAAUUUGAUUUGGAUGGUGAUGGUGAAAUAAACUUCGACGAAUUUCUGGCUAUGCUAAAUUCAGAUUAA